CAAGUGUGUGUUUGUUGUGAGCUCUUCACUAUAUUUAAUUGUUCAAAUUUAACAGAGUAACGCGGUAUCGUCAUAUUUGUUCACUUGAUGUGCAUUUAAAUUUUUCUAAACCCAAAACAAAACAAUAUAAAAAAAGAAUUAAGUACAAAUUGAAACAUAUUGUGCAAAUUUAUUAGUAAUUUGUUGUUAAUUGUUUGAGGCUAAAAUUAAAAAAGAGAGAAAAUAGAAAAAAUUCGAAAAAAUUUUGUAAAAUAACAACCAGCUGUUAGUUACUAAAAUUAGUUUGGUGAUAUUUUAAAACAACGAUUACGAGAGAAAUAAUUCAAAUAAAAAAAUAGAAAUUUAAAAAAGCAAUAACAACCUAAUAAAUAAAAAAUAACAUCAUCACUACAACAACAACAACAACUUGAAAAUUUAAAACAAAAACUCAAACACCAGUCAGUCAUUGUGUCAUUGUUGUUUUAAAAGUAUGACAAUCAUGGAGAGUAUCAACGAAUUAAUGGGAUCUCCCGUUGUGCGCAUUAAGUUGGUGGCUUUUGUACAUUUUCUUUUCAUAUCAAAUGCCAUGCUGGGCAUGUGGGGUCAUGGAGCCUAUGAAUUUUAUAACUUCCUGUUUAUGAUUGCCAUGUUCUGGACAAUGCACAGCAAGGAUUCCGUGGAUGCCGUACACAUAGCCCUUGUUAUUGAUACCAGCAGCAUAUUUUUCGAUAUAGUCAGCAUUAUAAUACAUGCCAAUCUAAUGAAUGGCUGGGCCAUAGCAUUUGCCAUUAUCAAUUUAAUUUUGAGACCCAUAAGUGUGGUUUUAUUGUAUCGUGAAUUUAAUACACGAAGCGGUGCUACGGGUUCAGUGUUCCCCACCACCAGCACAACACAGCAACGUAGCUAUCAAGACAUUGAUAGACCCACACAAACCGUGCCAACCACAUCGACAGGACCCAAUGUAGCGAGCAUAUUCUAAGUCAAAUUUCUUUAAAGAAAACUAUUGAAAAUAAAUAACUAAAUACUAUUUAAAAAAAAAGACUUUUUAAAAACAAAAUUAAAAUUAAUAAAUGAAAUUGGUUAUACUAAAUAUUUAGUACAUAUGUUUGUAUUUAUAAAAUUCUUGUGUCUUCUUCUUCUCUUUUUGUAUAUCUUUCGAUUGUUGUUAUUAAAAUGAAGAAAUUAAUUACUACUUUUAUAUUUUAUUAAAAUAUAUUAUUAUUGUAUUAAUUGUAAUUAUAUAUAAAUAAUUGCUUAAAUUUUCAUUUAUUGUAUUCAGUUGUAUUGAAACUUCUACAUGUGUGCAAGUAAUUUUUAAAAUAUGUAUUGUAAUUUAAAAGUGGUCUUAACUAAAAUUAACUUAAACUCUUCCAAAUCAUGUUAAAUUUUAAAUUUAAUCUUUUUUAAUUUUCUCUUUAGUAAUUACUUAUUUUUGUUAAAGAAAUAAAAUUAAAUAAUUAUUCUAUAAUAA